ACGCAAACCAAUCAGAUUGUCCUCUCCGGCGUUAGAGACACGCGCGGCCGUACGGGUUUUUCCUCCUCAGAAUCGCCGGCAGUCGAGAGCGAAGGUUGCUGUCUUGUCGGAUACUCCUGGGGGUCUGCAGCCAUGCCGUCUGAUCUGGCUAAGAAGAAGGCCGCCAAGAAGAAGGAGGCCGCCAAGGCUCGCCAGCGCACCAAGAAGCCGGAUGAGGUGAACGGGGAUCCCGAGUGCCAGGAGAACGAAGCAGUGGACAGUGCCGAGGUAGCCAGCCUGACGAAGGAGAUGGAUGAGUUUGAGCUGAAGAAGACCGAGGCGAGGGCAGUGACCGGCGUACUGGCGUCCCACCCCAACAGCACGGACGUGCACAUCAGCAGUCUGUCGCUCACCUUCCACGGCCAGGAGCUGCUCAGUGACACCAGCCUGGAGCUCAACUCGGGCCGUCGUUAUGGGCUGAUCGGCCUCAACGGCACCGGAAAGUCCAUGUUGCUGUCGGCGAUCGGCCUCCGAGAAGUCCCCAUCCCAGAGCACAUCGACAUCUACCACCUGACGCGAGAGAUGGCCCCCAGUGAGAAGACGGCGCUGCAGUGCGUGAUGGAGGUGGACGAGGAGAGGAUCCAGUUGGAGAAGGAGGCUGAGCGCCUGGCCCACGAGGACUCCGAGUGCGAGAAACUGAUGGAGCUCUACGAGCGUCUGGAGGAGCUGGACGCCGACAAGGCCGAGGUGCGCGCCUCCCGCAUCCUGCACGGCCUGGGCUUCACCACUGCCAUGCAGCGCAAGAAGCUCAAGGACUUCAGUGGCGGCUGGCGCAUGCGUGUGGCCCUAGCCAGAGCCCUGUUCAUCAAGCCGUUCAUGUUGCUGCUGGAUGAACCCACCAACCACCUGGACCUAGACGCCUGUGUGUGGUUGGAGGAGGAGCUCAAACAGUUUAAGCGUAUCCUCGUCCUGAUCUCUCACUCUCAAGACUUCCUGAACGGCGUGUGCACCAACAUCACCCAUCUCCACCAGCGAAAGCUCAAGUAUUACACGGGUAACUAUGACCAGUAUGUGAAGACCAGGGAGGAGCUGGAGGAGAACCAAAUGAAAAGGUACAACUGGGAGCAGGACCAGAUCGCACACAUGAAGAACUAUAUCGCACGGUUCGGUCACGGCUCUGCCAAGCUGGCCCGGCAGGCGCAGAGCAAAGAGAAGACCCUUCAGAAGAUGGUGGCGUCGGGCUUGACGGAGCGCGUCGUGAAUGACAAGACCCUGUCAUUUUAUUUUCCUCCCUGUGGGAAGAUACCUCCUCCAGUUAUCAUGGUUCAGAACGUGAGCUUUAGAUACUCGGAUGACUCGCCUUGCAUAUACAAGAACCUGGAGUUCGGCAUAGACUUGGACACGCGGGUGGCCCUGGUGGGCCCGAACGGGGCUGGGAAGUCCACGCUGCUGAAGCUCCUUGCAGGCGAGCUUCUCCCCACCGAUGGUAUGAUUAGGAAACACUCUCAUGUUAAGAUCGGCAGAUACCACCAGCAUCUGACUGAGCAGUUGGAGUUGGACCUGUCCCCACUGGACUACAUGAUGAAGUGCUACCCUGAGAUCAAAGAGAAAGAGGAGAUGAGGAAGAUCAUCGGUCGCUAUGGACUGACUGGAAAGCAGCAGGUGAGCCCCAUCAGGAACCUGUCAGAUGGGCAGAAGUGCCGGGUCUGCUUUGCCUGGCUGGCCUGGCAGAACCCUCACAUGCUCUUCCUGGAUGAGCCCACCAACCACUUGGAUAUUGAGACCAUCGACGCCCUGGCAGAAGCCAUCAAUGACUUUGAGGGCGGCAUGAUGCUGGUCAGCCAUGACUUCAGGCUGAUCCAACAGGUGGCUCAGGAAAUCUGGGUUUGUGAGAAGCAGACCAUCACUAAAUGGAACAGGGACAUCUUGGCAUACAAGGAGCACUUGAAAUCCAAAAUCGACAAACAGAUGCAUGACAUCUGAACAUUGUCCAGGUGGCACCAUCAGAAACCUCAUGAAGCUUCCUCCCCUCCUCCCCUCAGUCAUGGCUGUUUGGAAGCAUGCUGAACUGGCAGUACACCCCCCCCCCCCCAUCUCUUUGCAAAAUUCCAGGUCUCCCUCAUGAACCAUCUUCAGUGAGGAUGUCAGUCUCGUCACAGUAGGCUUGCCCUAGUCUCUCCGAAUAAAGCUGUUUCAGUGACGUUUGCACUUAAUCUUCCUUUAAAUGUAUCUGCAGCCACACAAAUGGGACUGAAUCACUUUUAGAUUUCCUUCCCACUCAAGAGCUUUUAUUUUGUCAUUUAUUUAACAUUGUAUUUACAAUAAUGGGUUUGUCUGAAUAAAUAAGUAAACUUC